CCUACUGUGGAGUUGUUAUAAAGAGGCCACAGCUCUACGGAGAAGCUGAAACUUGGUGUAGAAGUGGAAAAAGCCCCUUUGAUCAACUUCAACACAACAGGAUGGAAUAUUACAAAUUCGCCUCGCUGGUUGUUUUCCUGUACUACAUUGAGUGCUGCUGGUCUUCUUCCUGUGCGGUGGACAGCUUCAAUGUCAAGCAGGACUUUGACCCAAAAAAAUAUGCAGGAAAGUGGUACGCUCAGCAGAAGAAAGAUCCAGAAGGACUCUUCCUGCAGGACAACAUUUCUGCAGAAUACACUAUUGAAGAUGAUGGCACCAUGACCGCUUUUACCAAGGGUCGUGUCACUCUGUUUGGAUUUUGGGUGGUGUGUGCUGACAUGGCUGCCCAGUAUACAGUGCCUGAUCCCUCCACACCUGGCAAGAUGUUCAUGACCUACCAGGGUCUGGCCAGCUACCUGUCUAGUGGAGGUGAUAACUAUUGGAUCAUCGACACAGACUACGACAACUACGCCAUCACCUAUGCAUGCCGCACACUGAAAGAUGACGGCGCCUGUGAUGACGGCUAUGCCCUGGUGUUCUCCCGGAACCCUCGCGGCCUGCCCCCAGCCAUCCAGCGCAUUGUGCGGCAGAAACAGGAGGAAAUCUGCAUGUCGGGACAGUUCAAACCCGUGCUGCAGUCAGGUGCCUGCUGAGCUCUCUUCCUUUAACAUGCUGCCAUGAGAACACACAUCAAGAGUGAAGCGGACAAAGAGCGCUUCAGGGAGACGCAGUUUCCAGUUCACUGUCUCAAGGGAAAAUUGUGUUUGGGACAGUAACAUUUUUUAAACAAAGGUUCUGUCAUUAAGUGUUUUUAGGGAAUUGAGACAUGUUUGUUAAGCCUUUGAAAAUGCAAAUAAAAUU